CUUUGACAUUUUCUGGUCAGUUCCUCCUAUAAUUAAACCAAAGCAAAAACACCAAAGUUGAACAAUAAUAACUCAAAUUAUGGGGUAUAGAAGAAGCUACGCAAUCACAUUUGUAGCCCUUGUGGCGGCUCUAUGGAGCGUAACAAAAGCACAGCCGAGCAGUUCAUGCGUGAGCACACUGACCACUCUCUCUCCGUGCCUCAGCUACAUCACCGGAAACUCAACCACUCCCUCACAGCCUUGCUGUUCUCGGCUCGACUCUGUCAUCAAAUCUUCGCCGCAGUGCAUCUGCUCAGCCGUCAACAGUCCGAUCCCAAACAUCGGCCUUAACAUUAACCGCACACAGGCCUUGCAGCUCCCCAAUGCCUGCAACAUUCAGACGCCUCCCCUCACACAAUGCAACGCGGCCACUGGUCCAACAGCACAGCCUCCCGCACCCUCACCGACGGAAAAGACCCCAGAUGUGACACUAACCCCAACCUCAUUGCCGGGUGCUCGUUCAGGAGUUGGAGGUGGUUCCAAGACAGUUCCCUCCGUUGGUACCGGCUCGUCCAGCAGGAAUGUUGACCCCUUGCCGCUGCAUUUUCUUAUGUUUGCUGUAUUGGUGGUCUGCACUUCUUCUUUUCUUUAACCAAUUCUGAGAGUUCAUGUAUUUGGUAAUUUCAUUUCACUUGCUGUGCCAGAUUGAUCAUAAGCGAGACAUGUUUUUUGUUUGUAUUGCUAUCUUUUUGUUGAUGCCAUAAAUUACUGAAUUUAUGGUUGCAUAUGAAACAACAACUCCACAUUUCAAAAGCAAAAUCCUUAGACAAAAGUGGUUUUGGGUAUUAAGGAGAGAAUCAUGUCUUUGAUUACUAUCAUACCUUUGAUUACUCAUAUCAUAUAUUCGAUUACUACAAUAUGGAUCAUUUAUGUAUAGUACAUAUUAACUGAAGCAUCACAAGGAUUAGUUAAGGCGAGUAGAGGAGAAUGUGAGGAAGAGAAGAGUGGCGGGAAACUCAUCGUCAGAAGAUGUUGCGGCAAAGCCAAAGUCUUUAAGAGUAAAGAAGUUUGUACUGACCCGUUAAGUUCUAGCUGUAAAAGUGAUUGAUAGGGUGAACGGCAUUUCUAAAAAAGUUUUUUGUAGCUGCCUAGAGGGAUUAAUUCUGUGGUGGUUUUACUUUUUGUAUUGCAGGCGGUUGACGACAACGUGUUGGAUCUAGCACAACGGCAUGCUGAAUACACUAUUGGUUCAGCUUCCUAUAAAACACCACAAAACUUUUUAAAUGACAAAUGAUACAAAAUUUUAAUUAUGAAAUAAAUUACAAAAACAUAUAAAGUUCGACUGGGACAAGUAAGAAUAUUUGAACCUCAAUUGUUCAAUUUCAUUCUUAAAUGGAGCCUCAAAUGGGGAACUUUUAGUAUAUAUGUGUCUUAGAAGAAGCAGAGUUUACGCAUGUAUUCAUUUUGUUAUCAUACUGUUUUUAUGUUAAAUUAGUAACAAAAGUUUUCAUACUCUCUGCUUAUGCCAACAUUGGUGGUUACUUAUGAUUCGUAUAUAGGUCAGCAGAAAUAUGUGUCUCAUGUUCCUUGGUCUUCCAAUGUGUGAAAGCGGUAUGCAAAACCAAAAGACUUGGCGGUGGCUUUAAAACAAGAUCAGCUUUCAUUGCUGCUGCAGCUUCUGGUCCUUGCUACCUAUUAAAUCAACUCGUGAAACUCACACUGGACAGAGAUGUGGACAUGAUGAUAACUUGUCAUCCCCAUAGUUUCGUUGGUAUCUCUAUAUUUCUCUGUUGAUAAAUUAGGAUUAUUAUUUUCAGUGGCAAGUUAAAACAAUCGUAGAAGCCUUUUACAUGGUUUUGAUGAAAAGACAAUUGAUUUCGGUUCGGCGUUCAUGGUUUUGAAAUUACAUGUGAUUUCUGUUUGGUUUACAUAGUUUUGAAAUGAAAAUUGAUUUUGGUUCGGUUUGCAUUAGAAUUAAUACGGUUUUGAGAAAAAAAAAAAAAAAAAGUUCACUCGAGGCUGUUUUAGAAACAAAGCGAGUAAAUGUAAAAUAGGCAUGAUUUUGUGGGUUUACCCCUACAGAAAUCGACCACACGCGCUCAACGCGAGGUUCGUGCGAGUGGGCGUGGUCUGGAGCGCGUGACGCGAGAUUGGUGCGAGUGGGCGUUGUCUAGUGCACUCUGAUUGGCUAAAAAAAUGAAAAUAGUAGUGAUGCUCCUCCUCUAUUAUUUUGUUUUUCGUCAUUCUUCAGUUAUGAAAGUUGUGUGGUUUUAAGAUGCAAUUGAGUUUAUUCUGAGGUUUUUGGUUAUUUUGAAAUCAUUGAUUAAUGUCACCAAAAAAAAAUAGAAACUAGAUUUUGAGAUACUAAAAUUUUCAUUUUCAUUUUGUUCUGCAACCAUUGAAAACUAGAUUCAGCUGAGCCCCUGAAGAAAUCAAAGUGAGUUGAAUAUAUUUCUAAAAAUGUGAAAAUUGGUAAAAGUUUGUCCUCAUUUUGUUAGUUAAUGUUUUCUUGACUUUAGGAGAUGAACUUUCAACUGCAAAGAUCCCAUCACACAUUAAUCUCACUCUCUUCUGCACAUUGCAUGGUGUGGUGUAGCUAUGGUUCCCACACAAUUUGUCAUAUUCAUUUACAACAAAGUUCAUGAAUCAUGUUUGAAGUGAAUCCUUUUUUUUCAAAUUUAGUCAUCUCUCGAGGAACUUUAAAGUUAAAAGAAUAAGAUAAAGCUUCUUGGAAAUCUCAGCAUUGCACUACCUUUGCUUGCAAAUCUAGAAUCUGGAUUUUAAGAUACUUACUCCAACACAUAUUAUUAUUACAGGCCGGUGCUUUUGUUCAUGUUUGCACCAAUGGGACUGUUUUGGUGACACAUGGAGGUGUUGAAAUGGGUCAAGGAUUUGCAUAAAAAGGUUGUGUCAUUCCCCUUAGUCAGUUUUUGUGUCAGAAUCAAGCACAUACAAGGUACAUCUAACUCGGUUACAUGCACUCAGUGGACUUUUUGGCCAAGACAAAACUGAUAUUGUUCUCUCUUAUCUUUUGUGGUCUCUUAAUAGGUUCCAAAUGCCUCACACACUGUUAUUGCUCUCUUGUCGUUUUGAUUGCCUCUUAAUAGGUUCCUAACGCGUCACCUACUGCUGCUUCUGCGAGCUCUGAUAUGUAUGGUGCUGCAGUUUUAGACGCUGUUGAGCAGAUUAUAGCUAAAUUGGAGCCUGUUGCAUCUAAACACAAUUUCAACUCCAUUCGCUGAGGGUAGCUUUAGAAGAGCUCAAGUGGGGAGAUGCAGCUCAUACAUGGAUUUAACCAGGAGCUUUACUCACUUGCAGACCUGGAAACUACAAAAUACCUUAAGAAGAAACUUUACUCACAACAUUCAGUUUCUCUUCUCAAGGUAUGCAACCAUAAGAAGAAGCU